AGAAGAACUUUGCUCACAUAUAAACCAUAGAUAUAAACCUGUGCUUCUCGCUUCUCUGACGCGUUUCUUGAUUUAUUAGUGCGCAUUUGUUUUUAUACAGUACAUUUAAACAGUUUUUAUAAGUAAUAACAACAUUAUUUUAACGACUCUAUUUAAGCAUGUCGGUUCUCUUUUUGGAAACCUAAGUAAAAGAAAUCGGCUAUUUUAUACACAGACUCUAGUUAGGCUGUGAAGUGGGACUUGUUGAACUAUGCCCUGUCGAGUCAUCAGCGUUACACUGCUGCUCUCAGCCGGGAUACUGAUUGAUGUGAUUAAAGGCGAUGGGUUUACUGAAGAAAUUAAGCCUCCAGACUGGAGAAAGACCUUCAAAUCCAUCCGGAAUGGGAUUCAUAAUAUAGACAAGUACCUUAAUAUGGCUAUGGAUUUUAUCGGAGGUUCAGACGGACGCUGUAUUUUUAAGUGCAACGAAGGCUACACACAGGUUCCUCGUCCCGAAUACAAAUUACCUCCACCGAACGGAUGCGGCUCCCCUCUGUUUGGAUUUCAGGUUAAUAUUGGGAUCCCAUCUAUGAACAGAUGCUGUAAUGAGCACGAUCUGUGCUAUGAUACUUGUGGGAGGGAGAAAAAUGACUGUGAUGAGCAGUUCCAGGUCUGUUUGGAGUCCAUCUGUAGUGAUUUACAAAUGACUCUGGGCUUGUCCCACAGUGUUCAAGCCUGUGAAUCAGCAGUGACUUUGCUCUUUGAUACUGUCAUGCACUUGGGAUGCAAGCCUUACCUGGACAGCCAAAGAUCAUCCUGCAUUUGCCAGUUUGAUGAGAAGAAUGAUCUGUGAACAGUUAAUAUAUUCAUGUUGACGUUUGAUUGCAUGUUUUGGUCUCAGGGUACAGCAAGACACAAUACAAUUUGUUUCUUUGCUUUGUAUGUGUUCAGUGCAAUAUCAAAGAAAACUGAUUUUUAAUUACAAAAGUGAAAUUAUUUAAUAUGAUUAUACAUAUAUACUGAUGUGCCUUUAUUGUACACAGACACACUACACAUAUGUAUAAAGAUUGUAAUAUGGGAUAUUAUUGUGUUAUUGGAUAAAAUAAAGAUUUUUUUAACCCCA